AUGUCCGCCCAAUCGAGCAAAUGGCGCGAAGAGCAGAUUCUCAUCCUCUGUCCUGGCAGCCGCACGACAAUGGCCCAGCUCGGCUGCCACGAGCUGACGCCGCCGGCAUACCGGAUUCCGACACGCAUGUUCCGGGACGAAGACUCGGACGAGUGGCGGCCGUACCGCACGUGGAAGCGCAGGAAGAUGACGGUGGCAGCUGAGGACAACGGCGCUGCAACCGACAAGGACGAGUGGGAGUACGUGGAGGACCCGGACUCGGACGAGGGUGCUGUGCAUCCAAUGGAGGGCGGCUACAUCACCAACAUGGAGGCCUUUCUCGCCUUUCUCGAGCACGUGCACGGCCUCCUGACGACGACGUACCACAACACGCCGAUCGUGCUGAUGGCGUCGCCGCAGUGGACGCGACCGGACUGUGAGGCCAUCGCGCUAUACAUCUUUGAGAAGACGCGGACGCCGGCCUUGUGCAUGAUCAACAGCGCGCUAGCUACACAGUACGGCCUCAAGUGGCCACACAUGACGGUGGUGGACAUUGGGUUCGAAAAGGUCGACGUAACGUGUAUCUACGACAGCCGGAUUGUCAACCACAUGGACAUUGGCUACCCGGCCGAGCCGGGCGAGGACCGGGUGAUCUCGGGCGGCGAGGUGUUUACGCAGCGGCUGGUGGAGCUGCUGCGGCGAAAGGACUUCACGUACGAGAUGGCAGAGCAGCUGAAGAAGAGCGCGAUCUGCGAGGUGUUGCCGUACGCGCCUGACUGUCCACAGCUGAUGGAGCUGCCGGAGGACGAGCCGGGGGCAGCGCUGGUUAUGGCGCCAGUGGUGACGAUCGAGCCGGUGGUGGUCGGCGACGGGUCGCUAGCAGUUGCAGCGGACGUGGACGCCGAUCUAGCGAUGGAAGACGGGGUGGUGGCGGCUGACAACGACGGAGUGCUGGACGUGGCGGCCAUUGUGACGACGGGACAGACAAAGGAGUUUCUGGCCAAGAAGGAGAAGGAGAAGACGGAGCGAGGCCGCUUUGGACGGCGGGCAAAGGAGAAGGAGGCCGAGGCGGCCAAACCGGUGCGGCUGCCCAACGCGAAGCGGGCGCGCACGAUAUUCCACUUUGAGGAGCUGAUCGAGGACGACGAGCCGCCGCAGCAGGCGAGCCAUCGGGGCAGCGGAGCUGGCGAUGGUGGCGCUGGCGGAAGUGGCGGUGCAGGUGGUGCAGCAGGUUCGACGAACGGCAAGGCUCGUGACGAAGACGCAGAGGGCAGCGAGGAUGGCUCGGACGCGGAAGGAUCCGAGAUGGACGAGGACGAGGACGAGGACGGCGAGGGUGAGGGCGAAGGUGAAGGCGAAGAGGGCGAUGGAGGGGCAGAAUCCAGAGAGGCAGCAGAAACCAAGACGGAAGAGAAGACUGCGUUCGUGAAGCCCGAAGACGGUGUCGAGGCGGCUGAUAAGACGACGGAAGCAGAAGCAGCAGGAGCAGCUGCCAUCACAGGCGAAGACGCGACGAUGGCGGAUGUGGCAGCAGCCUCGGAGACCACGGAGACCAAGGAGACAAAAGAGGUGCCAGCAGGCGAGACGGCCGAAACGACGCAGCAGGCCACAGCAGUCCCGUCAACGCUAUCGACAGCGGCCAUGGCAGCCGUGGCGGCCGAACAGCAGGGACGCCGGUUCAAGCGACUGCGACGGGACCUGGAGAUCGGGCUGGAGCGGUUCACGUUUGCGGACCGGACGGAGAUUGACCGGAUCGUCGCGACGAUUUACCGGACAGUGCAGGGAAUCCAGGACAUGUACAUGCGGCCGUCGUGCUGGGAGAAUCUGGUAUUUGUCGGCAACGGCAGUCGGCUGCGCGGAUUGCGUGAGAACAUCUUGCAGACGCUGCAGAGCCGCCACCUGAUCUCGCCCUCGACCGCGACCAUCUUCACGUCCGAGCUGCCAAGUCAUCUGGGCACACCCACGGGCACCGGUGCCCAGACGCCGACCGGCAGCGGCUUCUUGGCACCGGCAGCUGUGUCGACCUCGGUCAACCCACUCCUGCAGGCUGCCACCACGGCGUCGCUCGGUGGACCUGGUUCGGUCACCGGCGCCGACGGCUCUUCGCACGUGCACCACUUCCACGCCCAGACUCCCACGGCUAUCAAGACGGCCGUCUUGCCGUCAUACCUCAGCGAGUGGACCAAGAACGGCUUCGAGGAGGCCAUGUUCCUCGGCGCUCAGGUCGCCGCCCGUCUCGCCUUCUGCGUCCACAACCUGGACGCACAGGGACUCGAGAGCCAGCGGCUGAUGUACCUUAGCCGCAUCGACUACAACGAGCUCGGCCCCAAAGGCAUCCGGACACACUCCCUCCUGGGGUAG